AUGCUGCCACCACCACACCGCCUUCCACCACCAAUGCUGCUGCGCCUUCCACCACCUGCCACCACCACACCGCCUUCCACCACCAAUGCUGCCACCACCACACGCCUCCACCACAGCUACGCCUACAACCAGUACGACUACCACCACAACGCCUACCACCACGAGUACGACCACCACCACACCUGCGCCAACCACCACCAGUACACCACCACCUGCGCCAAACCACCUCCAGUACGACGACCACCACCUGCGGCCAACCACCUCCAGUACGACGACCCCCACACCUGCGCCAACCACAACCAGUACGACCACCACCACACCUGCGCCAACCACCUCCAGUACGACGACCACCAGUACGACCACCACCACACCUGCGCCAACCACAUCCAGUACGACGACCACCACAUCUGCGCCAACCACCACCAGUACUACUACCACCACACCUGCGCCAACCAUCACCAGUACGACGACCACCACACCUGCGCCAACCACCUCCAGUACGACCACCACCAGUACGACCACCACCACACCUGCGCCAACCACAUCCAGUACGACCACCACCACACCUGCGCCAACCACAUCCAGUACGACGACCACCAGUACGACCACCACCACACCUGCGCCAACCACCUCCAGUACGACCACAACCACCAUUUUCACGACCAGUACCUCACCGCCAGCGCCAACCUGUCUCUACAACAAAUAUGCGCAUACUGA